CCUUCCCCUACCAUCCCAUAAAUACGUCACUGCUACCAUCCUACUAAAAAUAAUAUCGUCACCCGCCAUCGGGUAUCUCGAGCACCCUUAACCAACCCGGCGUAACUUACGUGUGUAGCAACACAAGUCUUCAGCAGUGACCUGUGUCCCGACUUGGAAGCAAAGUCUGUUACCAUGGCACUGGCUGGAGUGAGAGUUAUCGAGCUGGCGGGUCUGGCUCCAGCACCCUUCUGUGGCAUGAUCCUGGCGGACUUUGGAGCCAAGGUGAUCCGUGUGGACCGGACAAAGGUCGGCAUGUCUUUGGACACACAAGGGCGGGGGAAACGAUCUGUGGCCAUCAACUUGAAGAAGUCAGAAGGUGUUUCCCUGCUCAGGAAGCUUUGUGUCCAGUCUGAUGUGGUCCUUGAGCCAUACCGCAAAGGUGUGAUGGAGAAGCUGGGCCUGGGUCCACAGGAACUGUUAAAGGAAAAUCCUCGUCUGAUCUACGCUCGGUUGACGGGGUACGGACAGAGUGGAUCCUAUGCAACCGCAGCUGGGCAUGACAUCAACUACCUCGCCAUGUCGGGCCUUUUAUCCCGGCUGGGUCGUAGCGGAGAGAAGCCCUAUGCGCCAUUGAAUCUGAUAGCAGACUUUGCAGGAGGUGGUCUUACCUGUGCUCUGGGGAUAAUCCUAGCUCUGCUGGAGAGGACAAAGUCAGGGAAAGGACAGAUCAUUGAUGCCAGCAUGGUGGAAGGAGCAGCAUAUGUAGGUUCAUUUGCAUGGAAGUCUCGUAGCACUGGUAUGUGGAACCAUCCCAGAGGACAAAACAUGUUGGACAGCGGAGCGCCUUUCUACGAUACCUACAAGACUGCAGACGGAGAGUAUAUGGCUGUGGGAGCCUUAGAGUCGCAGUUCUACGGAGAGCUGCUUAAGGGCCUAGAGUUGGAUGCUGGAGACCUACCUCCUCAAACGAGCAUGGCUGAUUGGCCAGAACUGAGACGCAUCUUCACACAGCGUUUUGCUUCAAAAACACAGGCAGAUUGGUCAAGGAUUUUUGAUGGCACUGAUGCCUGUGUUACACCUGUGUUGUCUUUCGACCAGGUGAGCUCACACCCACAUAACCAGGAAAGAGCUUCUUUCAUGAAGGACUCCAGCGGGGAAGAGAGUCCCCGGCCGGCCCCGGUUCUCUCUCGGACUCCUGCGAAGCCUUGCCUUGCCCCUGACCCUGUUAUUGGAGAACACACAGUGGAGGUCCUAAACGAGUACGGCUUUACAUCGGCAGAGGUAGACCAGAUGCUAACAGCAGGGGUCGUAGAGUGUAAUGCUGUCAAAGCAAAGUUGUAGAAACAUAAUUGAUAUCAGUGAUUGACUUUUAACAUAAAAAGCACAAUGGAGUAAUUUUCAGGCAGACCUGCCUUUCAAAUCAUGUCUCACAAAACUGUAAAGAAGUCAGAACAGGAAUGUGGGGAAAUGUUCUUUUAAUGAACUGCAAAUUAAAACUGAGAAAGGAAGAUAACAUACAAAUGUGUUGAGAAAGAAUAAAUGCUUCUCCAUCUCACCGCAUUCUCUUGGGGGCCAGGGAACUGGAUGUACGAAUGUGAAAGAGUUUACAUAUCACACCGACCUUAAGUGUAGAAGAGUCUUUGACAAGGUGAACGGCCUUCCUGUACACUGUGCAUGCAGUUUGGGUUAAUCAAUAGAACAUAGUCUUUGAUUUGAACAUCUGCUUCCUCUUCUUUUGGUGCCUCUGUUGCCCUCAGUCUUAGGAGGAGAUGUGCUAAGUUUUCCAGCCUUUCCAUGUGCCAAAAGAACUUUUUCUUUACACAGGUAAUCAGUUGCACCAAAAAUAUCUUCUUUGCCUAAUGAAAUUUCUUGAGUUGUAUUUGACUAAUUAAAUGUUUCAUCUGAAUACUAAUAAUGUAUUAGAUGAAUUCCAGUAUGGCUACUGGACCAACCUAAGCACUGAAACCGCUUGAUUAAAGGUUGUAAUGGUAGUUUCAACAGAUUUUAACAAGGGUGCUGUCCUCUUUUUGUUAGAUUUGAGUGCUGCAUUCAGUACAAUAAUCAUGGUAUUUUAAUAAAUUGACUUAAGGAA